UGGUUAAUUAUUCUUCAUUUUUUAUUUAAUUUUAUUUUAUAUAUAUUUUUUGAAAUUCUUUGGCAUUCGUAUAAUGAUCAUGUAUAUGCAUUUUGGACAAUUAAGUUAAAAAAAUAUUUUUAAAAAGGACAAAAAUAAAAGGAAAAUUUUUGAAAUGGUUUAAAAAUUGUUUUAUUUGGAGAACAAUAGAAACCACUGACAAAAAAAAAAAAUAAGAUGGAUGGUAGUUUACUGUGCCGUAUUUGCAUAGCUGCUGAUACUGAUGUCAUCAUGAUUUCAAUUUUCGGUGAAGAUGGAUUAUAUCAAAAAAUCAAAAGUUUUGCCAGCGUUGAAAUUGAAGAGGGUGACAGUCUUCCGCAGCAAAUAUGUAUGAUGUGUGCAAGGAAUGUAUUAAACGCAUGUUCGUUUAAAAGAAAGUGUGAAGAGUCUGAUCGUAUUUAUCGUAACCAACUGUUGCAUAAACCAUCAGUUAAGCCAAUUAUUGACAGUUCGAGUAAAAUAUCGGAAGUUAAACAAACAAAUAAAGAGGUCAUUGAUCUUGAUGAAUCUGACUCGGAUGACGAUGACGAUGAUGAGAAUGAUUCGGACGAGGAUGAUGAUGAUGAUGAAGACGAUGAUGGAACAGACAGUCAUGCUGCAGAAGUAAAAUUUACUGAUGAAAUCGAUAAAAUUGACUUAAGCAACCCAAAAUAUUCUGAACAGAACGAUGAUGAUCACAUGGAUAUUCGGAAUGAAUGGAACUCGCAAAGCCAGAACACAACAGAUGACGAUCAGUUACCGUUAAUACCAGAAAUAGAAUUGAUAACUCCAAAUGAAGAAGUUAAAGUUGCUGAUAGUCAUAUUCAAGGAUACCAAUGCAGUAUUUGUUUCCAGAUUUUUAACAUGAGAGCAACACUCAAUCAUCACAUUAAGACAUUCCAUCCAGAAUCCAGUCCCAGUUUUGAAUGUUUCAAUUGUAGGAAACAAUAUUUGUCGAAGCGAUUUCUGGAGAAACAUAUUCGCCGGGGACGCUGUGUUCGCAAAAGGAAAAACACAACGCGGCCAAUGCGUUGCUCUGGUUGUAAUGUCAUUUUUCCAACCGGCCAUCAUCUAGGAUGGCACAAGCGUACGGGUUGUCCGUCUAAAAUGUCGCCGGAAGAUCAAAAACGAAUGAAUGUUACGCAUGUCAACAAUUUAAUGUAUCGUGAGAACGUCCUUAAAAAGAUGUAUAACUUUAAUAAAUUUCGUAAACCAAAACAAAAAGGACGUAGUCGUAUUAAAUUAGAUGCACUGACAAUAUCAUAUGCAAAGCAAUUAAUUGCCCAAGAUGCUACAACAAGUAAAAUGGCCCAAGAACUAAAUAUAUCGCGAACUUUUGCAUGGCGUCUUCGUAAAAGCUUAAUUAGUGGGACAAAUUUACAUUCGCAAAAUGGUAAUAUAAAUCUUAAUGAUAUUGAAAAGCAAACCGUCCCUGUUCCUUCUGAUAAUAAGCAAAAUAAUGAUAAUCAACUAUCGCAACAACAACAACAACAAAAAAUUGAGAACGAUAGCUAUCUUGAACGUAUCGCAAACAAUAAUAGUCUGGAAAUGACCAUGAUUACAAACUCGUCUUUACUAUCAGCAUCAACAAAAGAGUUGUUAAAAAAUACACAAUUAAGUGAAGAACAAAUUCAAAUGAUUAAAGACAACAACUUCAGUAUUCCGCAAAAUAGCGAAAUUAGAUUCAUUCCAAUAAUACCUAAAUCACAUGAACCCCAAAAUAUUCAAAUCAAAAAUAAUAAAAUUUCAAACAAUAUUGAAAUGGACUCGCAACAAAUGCAAACGCAAAUGCCUAAAAUAAGUGUUGUAAGUGAAAAAGUAUUAAAAGGUCAAAACGAUAUCGACUCCCUCCAGAAGCGAAUACAAAAUGUAGCCUCUCAACAAUUUGUUAUGAAAGAUGACGAUCAAGAUCUUGACGACAGCGAUGAUGAUGACGAUGAUGAUGACGAUGACAGUGACGAUGUUCAAAUUGAUGAAAACUAUCAUGGACCUCAGCCUGGUUGUAGUAACAAUGUUGACAAUGUGAAUAAAAUGUUGUUUAAAAUGUUGGAGUCUAAAAUGUUUGAUCCAAAAAUGUUGGAUCCGAAAAAUUUGAACAAGUUGUUGGCAAAAAUGCCUGCUGCAGGAAUAAACAAUUUGGAUAAUGAAGAUUCUCAAAUGUUUGAUCCAAAAAUGGCACUUCAACAAUCUCUACAACAAUAUUCAGGUGGACGGAAUAGCAAAAAACCACGAAAGCAGAAUGUAUUCCUAGAUGAAGAUAAAUACGAAAGAGCUAAAAUUUUAGUUGCAAAUCAUGCAACAACAUUGGAAAUAGCCCGUGCACUAGAUGUAUCACAAAUGAGUGCAUGGAAGUUAAGAGAUUCUAUAUUGAAGGGUAUACCGUUACAGUUUCGGAAAUCUACAUCAACACAUAUACCACAAAUACUACAAGUGUCACAAGUUCAGCAACAAUCACUGCAACAACAGAAACUUCAGCAACUUCAACAACAGCAAUCGCAACAGCAAACGCAACCGCAGCAACAACAAUUGCAACAACAGCAGCAAACACAACAACAAAUACAACAACAACUGCAGCAACAACAACAGCAACCGCAACAACAAAAGACACAGCAACAACUACAACAAUUGCCACAGCAAGAAGUUCAAAUAAAAAUAGAAGAUUCCCAGCAAACACAACAAGUUCAACUUCAAGCUCAAUCUAGUAACAAUAUAAGUAACAUAAUUCCAUUAGCAACGAUAACUACAACGCCUAUUACAAUAACACCGACAACCGUAACCACAACACCUGUAGCAACAACAUUAACAUCACCAUCAUCAUCAACAGCAUCAUUAAAUCUUUUACAAAAUGGUAUUAAAUUAGGUGGCAGGGGUCGUGUUAAAGCUAGUGUUAAAAUUGAACGUGAUAAACAAAUAACUGAAAUAAUAUUAGAUUUCUUACGUGUAGAUCCUAGCAUUCAAUAUUGGAAAAUAACAGAAAAAUUAGCAGAAAAAGGUUUUAUAAUAUCAACAUCAUCAAUAUGUCAAAAAUUGAAAGCACUUGGAUUUCAUCGAAGAUCAAAAGGUACUACCACAAAACAAGAAUCACCAGAUAAUAAUCUUAAUAAAACAUCAAAUACAAGUGAUGACAAUAGUGGCAGUGAUUUAUUUGGUGCACAUUUUUUAGGUAGCACAUUUUCGGAUUGAAAAAAAAAAAAUGAACAAAAAAUUAUAAUAUAAAUUUCGAAAAAAAAAGGAAAAAUAAAAUUACAUUUGAAAAGAAAAAAAAAAAUUAAAAAAAAUAUUCAGAAAUAUUUUUAAGUAUAAAUCAAAAUUUUUUUAAAUUUUUUGUAUCAGAUUUUAGUUAUAUUUGUAUUAUUUUAUUUGGUGGAAAGAAGUUUCGUAGAAAAAAAAAAACAAAAACUAAAAAAAAAAAAAAUUGAUAAACUCUAUUAUUAUCAAAAAUAAUUUACAUAUUUUUUUUUAUGUAUCUUACUGUCCAUUUUAUUUUUUAAUUUAGAAUAUUAAAAUAAAAAUAAAAAAAAAAAUAUAAUUUAAUAAUUUAAUUACGAAAAGAGAUGCUUCUUAU